AUGAUGUCCACUGCACCUGCCUUCGUAGCCCGCGACCCGCUGGGUUUCCUGCAUCCCUCACCCACCUUUUCCAACUGGAGCGUGGACGCUAUGACGGACUGCGCGCCCCCGCCGGACUGGCGUACGCUUUCUAGACUGUGGUCGCUGCCGCUGGAGAUCGAGACGGGUCUCGCGGACGCGGUGCUCGAUGGUACUACCUUGUUUGACCCUGGCAUGUGUCCACAGCCCGGUGCGCCAAGUUACUACUCCUCCUCCUCGUGCGCCACCGCGCCACAUCUCCUCUUCGAGAAGUCCCAUCCGGUGUUCGAGUCCCCGUUGUCCGAUUGGGAAAGUGGGAGUGGCCGCUCAUCGGUUCUGUCCACGCCAUCGUGCCAGCUGUCUCCGCUGCCUGACCUGGACGAAACGGCUUUUCUAUUCCACUCGCCACCGCCACGGAAAUCCGCGCCAUUUCCCGGACCACCAGCCUCAGCCGACAUCGCCCCCAGCUCCACACACGACUCGGCUAAACUGGCCUGCCGAGUCCUGCUCUCCGCCGGUGUCUUCUCGGCGCCCCCCCUUCCCCACACCGAUCCCGCACCGGACGCCAACGCCCCCCGCGCCCGCGCCGCGCCCUUCACCGGUGCAGCCGCCCCAUCGACGCCGCGGCCGAAAACGAGCAGCCCGACGGAGCGCCGGUACCGCUCGAACCUGCACGCGCGCAUCCUCGCCCUGCGCGCUGCCGUGCCGGCGCUGCGCGUCCUGGACCGCCGUGCGCUUUCCGACCCGUCCUCCUCUGCGCCCGUCGACCUCACGGAUAUGGACGUGAUCGACGCGGAGGGGAUGGUGGACGGCGUCAAGGUCGCACGGAAGAACUCAAAGGCGGCCGUGCUGCUCAAGGCCACGGAGUACAUCCACGUACUCAAGAGCCGCGAGAAGCGGUACGAGCGGGAGGUAGCCGGGCUCAAGGCGCUCGUGCGCUUGGCCGUCGGCGGCGGCGAUGCGGGCGACCGCGUGGUCGAGGCGUGGGAGUCUGAGUGGGUCGCUCGCGGAGACGACCCGGCGGUGUCCGGUGCGGGUGAGGACGACGGCGAGGACGACGGCGAGGAUAGUGAUGACGUAGUAGGGGCGAGGAAAAAACCCAGAACGGACGCGCUCAGGCCUCUAUCCGCGUGCCCUCCCCAGGUGACGAGGAAACGCGGCCGACCCCGAAAAACUGCCCCAUCUCCUCCACCGUUCCAUUCUAUAGAGACAAGCCCCAAUGCAGCUGUUCAUUGA